CUUCAAAACUAGAAAACACCUCGCGCCGGAAAAUAUUGACCUCCGACGUCCGCUUGCUGUCUUUCCGUCAAUCUCCCGGGGGGGCGUUUGUAAGAUCCACACUUUGCUUGUUGUUCGAUUUUGGAAGAGUUAGAGGGUUUUGGAUUCUCUCUUUUGGUUUUGGAGGACCAAGGAAGGAAUUAUUCCCGGUUUCUUUAGGGUUCACGGAUUGGUUGUUGAUGCUCUGUGGUUAAUCUGAAGGUCUGAGUAUCGACUAGCUCUCAUCUGAUUGGAAGUUGUUGUUGUUAUUCAAUGGUAAGAUUUACUGCAGAGGAAAGGACCUUCUUUCUGAAUAAUUGGUGUCGUUGGCUUAGAAUGUGGGGUACAUGAUUGCUAAGGCUGUUAAAUUAAGAUUUAUAACCAAUUCUAUCAAUGUGGUCUAGUUUGGAUAGAGUGGAUGGAUGUAUAUGAGUCAGCGCCAGCAUUACGGAAGCAACCAGCUGAGGAGACUGGUAGACCACCCUUAAUUGCCACCGGAAGAAAAAAUGAAGUGGUCACCACCCGGCGCCCUCAAACAAGGGACAUUAGUUCCAGGUAUAAGUCACCUUCUCGGGCAACACCAUCUAGUCCCAGACGAUGCUCAUCUCCGACCCCGACAAGAACAAUCUCCACUUCCUCCAACUUGGUUCCCAAGAGAGCUCAAUCAGUGGAAAGGAACCGGCCUUCAACUCUUUCAUCCGCAAGACCUUCUACGCCAGUCCGUGAUUCGUCUGUGGAUGUGCACUUCUCUUCCAGAAGGACAGUAGGUAGUCGUUUGCAGGAGAGUUUAUGGCCUUCAACAAUGCGAAGCUUAAGCGUUUCUUUCCAAUCAGAUGGCGUUUCUGUACCUGUUGGCAAGAAAGAGAAACCAAAUACUAGCACUUCUGAUCGCACUCUGCGGCCGACUUCAAAUGUGGCACCCAAGCCGGCUGAACCUCCAACUGUACAUAAGCCUAUGCCGGAGAGAAUGCGUAGUCCUCUGAAAGGGAAGAAUACCUCUGAUCACUCAGAGAAUUCAAAACCAGUUGAUGGUUUGCAUUCUCGGUUGAUUGAUCAGCAUCGGUGGCCAUGUAGUAUAGGUGGGAAGGUGUCUUCUAACGCAACAAAUCGGAGUGUCGAUCUUGCUGAUAAGUCAAUCAGAACAUUGAAUUCUUCAGUUCCUAGAACUGGUUUGUCUUCACUAAGAAGGUUGUCUUUAUUGGCCGAAACAAGUAAACCCGUACAAAAGUCCACAAAUGAUACUGUAAGAAAUGUAUCGAUGGUUGAAAGUGAUAGAACAGGAAACGAGGUAAAAUCAGUUAAUGAUAAUUUGCUACCGGUAUUAAGACCUCUCAAACUUGUUUCUGCAAGUCAAUCUGGUAAAAUAGCUCCAAGAACUCCCUCAGUCGGAUCUCAGUCCUUGCCAACUCCAAGAUCACGUCCGUCCUCCCCUAGCAAGACCUCAAUCCUAUCCUCAUCUAGUGCAAGAGGCAUCAGUCCAUCUCGGUCCCGGCCGUCAACUCCUCCUUCUAGAGGAGUUAGUCCCUCUCGAAUAAGGUCAACCAGUUUAUCCAGUCAAUCCAACAGUUCAAUUUCCGUGCUUAGUUUUAUUGCUGAUUUUAGAAAAGGGAAAAGGACGACCCACAUAGAUGAUGCUCACCAAUUGCGACUUCUUUACAACCGGCAUUUGCAAUGGAGAUUUGUCAAUGCAAGAGCAGAGGAUGUGCUUUGUAUCCAAACUGCAGCUGCAGAGAAAGUUCUGUUUAAUGUAUGGAAGGCUACUUUGUCCCUAUGGGAUUCAGUUAUUAGGAAGAGGAUCAGUCUCCAGCAGCUGAAACUUGAGCUCAAGCUAAACUCUAUUCUGAAUGAUCAGAUUGCCUACCUAGAUGAUUGGGCUUUACUAGAGAGAGAGAUCACAUAAAUGCUCUAUCUGGGGCUAUUCAAGACU